AAUCAUAUAUAUAUAUGUGUGUAUAUAAAUGUAUGUAUAUAAAGAACCAGAUUGGCCUAGCGGGUUUUGUUCUUGAGAUUUUGGAACUGUACCAAACUAUACAAUGAGUAAAUCUAUGAACAAUGAUGGUUGGGUAAUCUAGAGAAAUCAAAGGCCUAGCAGGGCUGUAACUAGCCUGGUGGUGUUAUGGGGUGGGUGAGAUUAGAGAGCAUGUGUGCUUAUAAACAAUCAAAUGUACAUCUCAUCAUGAGUGGCUAAAAAAAAAGAAAGGAAAAGGGGGGAAAAGAAGUGGAAGGCUAGGCAUGCCCCCCUGGAUUUUGGUGAAGGGUACAUUUUGGUGUUAUUACCUAGAUUAAGAUAUGAGACAUUGGUGUAUGGGGCUGAUAAUGUAACAGCUAAGAAAGGAAAAAGUGGUGGGAGUUUUGGCAGGGUUUGAAGGGGGAAAGGCUUUUUAGAACUUGGGGGGCAAGGAAAUGUGAGUGUGAGUGGGUUAAUUAUUUUUUUUUUGAAGGUUCGUGAUGGUGGCUUUGAUGAUGAUGAUGAUGCACGCCGGCAGCUUUACUUAUGUCUCCAUCUCUCUCCCCCCAAAACCCAAUUGGCACGCCUGCUCCCACUCAAACUAUUCCAAUCCACAGAGAGAGAGAGAGAGAGAGAGAGAGAGAGAGAGAGAGAGAGAGAGUCAAAGAAUGAAAAGCUAAUCCACUAGCAAUUUGGUGAUCUAGACCCUGUUUACUUUUUCUCAGACUUUUUUCAUCUUUUUGUCAGAUUGCAAUUCUAUUUCUCAACAAUAUAGCUCAGUCCAUUCCACAUUCUAUGUUCAACCCAAAAACUUGUAAGUAUAAUUUAACUCAGUCUUGGAUUGGUCCAUCCAUACAUGUUAAAAAAAGAAAAUAAAAAAAAAAGACCCAUAAAGAGGAAUAAGCCAAGCUAUAAAAGAAACCAACCCCACUACAUAUUCCUCAUCGAUUACACCAAAAGAAAAGAAAAGCAAAGCAAAUGUUACCCACUUAAGAUUCCCCAAUUACCUUCAUCAUCCACCUCUUGGCAAGAUAAUGCACUAAUCAUACUAAUUUCCGAUAUUUCAUGUAAAGCUUAAUUAGUAAAACAUGUCAAGUUGUGAGACACUUAAUUACAAAUCUAAUUAGUUAUUUUUUUUUAAUGUUAUCAUGGAUAUUAGUUUAUUGGUGCCAAUAUUCUUUCUACUUAUCCAACAAAACCUCCUCAUUCCUACCUAUAACCUAUGUUAUUGAAAUUAACCAGCUAAAAUCCAACCUCAAGAUACCCUAAUCAUUUUCUAUACCCCAGUCUCCUACAGUUAAAAACACAAAGACCCAUCUAUCUGCUGUCCCCGAACAACCCAAAGCACAUACACACUCUCUCUCUCUCUCCUUCUCUUUUCUCUCUCUCUCUCUCUCUCUCUCUCUCUCUCUCUCUCUCUCUCUCUCUCUCUCUCUCUCAGUUAAGUUUAUUGAUGUGGGUCUUUGCAGGUUAAAUGGAUACCUUGUUUAAACUAGUCAGUCUCCAAUCUGAUCACCAUCAAUCUUUCAACAACUCAACCACCACCAGAACCUCAACACCAACAACUACCACCACUACUUCCAGCAGCUCUAGAUCCUCCUUCCUCAGCCCCUCUCAUCAAAACCUUCACCCUAAUUACCCCCACCAAAACGACGACGUCGAAGAAUGCUUCAACUUUUUCAUGGAUGAAGAAGACUUCUCCUCGUCUUCUUCCAAACACUACUACCCAUCAAAUCACCCAACCCCGCCAACCCCAAACCCUCUCCUCACCACCACUACCACUCCCACACCCACAGAUUUCUCCUUCUCACCCGCCCUCAUCAACUUCGAGCUCUCCAACGGCAAGUGGGCCCCGGAGCUCCUCUUGGAGACCGCCAAGGCCAUCGCCGACAAGAACAGCUCCCGCGUCCAGCAGCUCAUGUGGAUGCUCAACGAGCUCGGCAGCCCGUACGGCGACACCGACCAGAAGCUCACCUCCUAUUUCCUCCAGGCUCUUUUCAGCCGCAUGACCGACUCCGGCGACCGCUGCUACCGAACCCUAAUCUCCGCCUCAGAGAAAACAUGCUCCUUCGAGUCCACCAGAAAAAUGGUGCUCAAGUUCCAGGAGGUCAGCCCUUGGACCACUUUCGGACACGUGGCGUGCAAUGGGGCGAUCAUGGAAGCCUUCGAUGGAGAGCCCAAGCUCCACAUAAUCGACAUCAGCAACACUUACUGCACCCAGUGGCCGACGCUGCUCGAGGCCCUGGCCACCCGAACCGAUGAGACGCCGCACUUGCGCCUCACUACUGUGGUCGCCACCAGAGCCAGUGACGGCUCCGGUGGUGCACCAGCGCAGAAAGUAAUGAAGGAAAUUGGCGCCAGAAUGGAGAAGUUCGCCCGAUUGAUGGGCGUGCCUUUCAAAUUCAACGCCGUACAUCACUCGGGCGAUCUCUCCGAGCUGAAUUUAUCAGAGCUGGAUAUCAGAGACGAUGAGGCCCUGGCCGUCAACUGUGUUGGCACUCUACACUCAAUCCAAGCCGUUGGAAACCGGCGUGAUUAUUUGGUGUCUGCGUUCCGGAGCUUGAGACCGAGGAUCAUCACUCUCGUGGAGGAGGAGGCUGAUCUCGACGUUGGGGUUGACGGGCUUGACUUUGUCCACGGCUUUCAAGAGUGCUUGAGAUGGUUUAGGGUUUACUUCGAGGCGCUGGACGAGAGCUUCGCCAGGACCAGCAACGAGCGGUUGAUGCUCGAGAGGGCAGCUGGUCGAGCCGUGGUCGAUUUGGUGGCCUGCGCGCCGUCAGAGUCGGUUGAAAGGCGCGAGACCGCCACUCGCUGGUCAAGGCGAAUGCAUGGGGCCGGGUUUAGCCCCGUGACGUUUAGUGAUGAGGUGUGCGAUGACGUACGCGCCUUGUUGAGGAGGUACAAGGAAGGUUGGGCAAUGACACAGUGCUCGGAAGCAGGCGCUGGAAUAUUCCUUUCGUGGAAGGAUCAGCCAGUGGUUUGGGCCAGCGCUUGGAGGCCUUGAUAGACGGUGGCCGGUGAUCGAUGAUCAUAUAUAUUUUCACACGUGUGAUUGGUUUUUUGUGGCACGUGUGCAUGAAAUAUGGAGUCUGUGAGUAAGGAGUCCUCUUGUGUUUGAAAGAGGGGAGGGAGGGAGAUAAUAGUGCUUGGCUUGAAUAGAAUUAAGUAAAUUAAUUUUCAUGGGUUAUUAAUCAUUUGUGAUUUUUUUUUCUUUCUUGAUUUUUAUUGAAAGUUGAAUAGGUUGUUUUAAUGAUGGUUUUGUAUUUUUGAAUUUCAUCUUUGUGGGCAAAUGCCCUAAUUUAAUUUUGUUUAUUUUCAAAUCAUCCAUAAUCAACUCCCGC